AUGAAUUUUCACCUCAAGUCAAUAAAUUCUUUAGAGAUGUUGGCCGAUCCUAAACCAUUUGUUAGUUAUUAUUCAAAGAGAAUAAUUUUUGGCAAAGAUGUUCGAGAUAAAGUUUAUAAUUCCCUAGCUAAAUUCAUGGUAAUUCAUCGCAAAACUACCCAAGUCUUUGAAAGAGGACUUGAAAAUAACUCGAGGCCAAAUUCGGAUCCACCAAAAGAUAAUGAAGUCAUCAAAAAGAAGCGUAAUUACAAUGUUGAUUUUUUAUUGAUUCACUUGCUACAUAGCAUGCGUGAUGAUGAAACUUUGAUUCAAGAAAUUUUAAGGAGAACAAAAGAUUUGAAAUUCCGAAUGAUAACUGUUCAAUUUUAUCAAUUACUUCAAACUCCUUCGUUACCGGCGAGUUCAUUUAAAAAACUUCCAGUAUUUCUUAAAAUCUUGACAAGUUUAUUUGACGUUUCAUCAAAUUUAGUUUGA